AUGGGGUCGUGUUUCAGUUCAGAAUCAGCAGGAGAUGUGGAACAGAAGAAGAGAAGCCAGGCAAUCGACCGGAAACUAGAAGAGGACUCAAGGCGUCUACGGCGAGAGUGCAAGAUCCUGCUACUCGGAUCUGGAGAAAGCGGUAAAUCAACGAUUGUGAAGCAGAUGAAAAUCAUUCAUCAGAACGGAUAUACGGUCGAAGAGCUGGCGCUGUAUCGACUCACAGUCUACAAAAAUCUCCUUGAAUGCGCGAAAGCUUUAAUAGGAGCCUACCACCAGUUUAACCUCGAACCUACAAGCCAGAAAGUCCGCGACAAUAUCGAGUUUCUCGCCAAUUACAACAUUGACCCAGAUCCCAAUAUACCUCUAGAUCCCGCGGUAGGGGAUGCCAUAACCUAUAUCUGGAAUGAUCCGUGCACAUCAACAGCACUAGAAAGACAGAAUGAGUUCUACUUGAUGGAUUCGGCGCCUUAUUUCUUUGAGGAAGCGAAGCGCAUAACGUCACCAGAUUAUAUACCAAACGUUAAUGAUGUGCUGCGCGCAAGAACCAAGACGACGGGUAUCUAUGAGACACGCUUUACGAUGGGCCAAUUAAGCAUUCACAUGUUUGAUGUUGGCGGCCAGCGCAGCGAGAGGAAAAAGUGGAUUCACUGCUUCGAAAAUGUCACGUCUAUUAUCUUCUGCGUGGCAUUAAGCGAAUACGAUCAAGUACUAUUGGAAGAGGGAAACCAGAACCGAAUGAUGGAGAGUCUGGUACUCUUUGACUCCGUCGUCAACUCUCGAUGGUUCAUGCGAACAAGUAUCAUCCUUUUCCUGAACAAGGUGGAUCUUUUCCGACAAAAGUUACCUCGCUCCCCGUUGAGCAACUACUUUCCAGAUUACUCAGGGGGCAACGAUGUGAACCGAGCCGCGAAAUAUCUCCUCUGGAGGUUUAAUCAGGUCAACAGGGCGCACCUGAACUUAUACCCUCACUUGACACAAGCUACCGAUACAACGAAUAUCCGACUAGUAUUUGCCGCCGUAAAGGAGACCAUUCUGCAAAAUGCUUUGAAAGACUCGGGGAUCCUGUAA